CGGGCUCUGGUCCUCCCUCUUCUGGCAGGUGCUCUGCCUGGCGUGAAGUGGGCACCUGCUGGGCCCAGCUGUUCCUGCCCAGUGGCAUUGGAGUGACACGGCACUCAGUGCCCACGGCCCCUGCAGCAUGGGGACGGUCAGCGAGCUUUGUGCCUCGAGUUUCCAAGCCUUCCUGUGCCCCUCUGCGAUCGCCAAGGCAGUCCCCAGUGACCUGACCCCAGAGGAGUGCCAGGAGCUGGAGAACAUCCGUCGCCGCAAGCAGGAGCUGCUGGCCGACAUACAGCGGCUGAGAGAUGAGAUAGCAGAGGUGACCAAUGAAAUUGAGAACCUGGGAUCCACGGAAGAGAGGAAAACCAUGCAGAGGAACAAGCAGGUGGCAAUGGGCAGGAAGAAGUUCAACAUGGACCCCAAAAAGGGGAUCCAGUUCCUGAUUGAGAACGACCUGCUGAAGAACACCUGCGAGGACAUCGCCCAGUUCCUCUACAAGGGGGAGGGGCUAAACAAGACGGCCAUUGGCGACUACCUGGGCGAGAGAGACGAGUUUAACAUCCAGGUCCUGCACGCCUUCGUGGAGCUGCACGAAUUCACUGACCUCAACCUGGUGCAAGCGCUGCGGCAGUUCCUGUGGAGUUUCCGCCUGCCGGGCGAGGCGCAGAAGAUCGAUCGGAUGAUGGAGGCGUUUGCCCAGCGGUACUGUCAGUGCAAUCCAGGCGUCUUUCAGUCCACAGACACCUGCUACGUCCUCUCCUUCGCCAUCAUCAUGCUGAACACCAGCCUGCACAACCCCAACGUCAAGGACAAGCCCGCGGUGGAGCGCUUCAUCGCCAUGAACCGGGGCAUCAACGACGGGGGCGACCUGCCGGAGGAGCUGCUCAGGAAUCUCUACGAGAGCAUAAAGAACGAGCCCUUCAAAAUCCCCGAGGAUGACGGCAACGACCUCACCCACACCUUCUUCAACCCCGACCGCGAGGGCUGGUUGCUGAAACUCGGUGGCCGGGUGAAGACAUGGAAGAGACGCUGGUUCAUUCUGACCGACAACUGCCUUUACUAUUUCGAGUACACGACGGAUAAGGAGCCUCGUGGCAUCAUCCCCUUGGAGAACCUGAGCAUCCGCGAGGUGGAGGACUCCAAAAAGCCCAACUGCUUUGAGCUUUACAUCCCAGACAACAAAGACCAAGUGAUCAAGGCCUGUAAGACGGAGGCAGACGGCCGGGUGGUGGAGGGGAACCACACGGUGUAUCGCAUCUCGGCCCCCACCCCCGAGGAGAAGGAAGAGUGGAUCAAGUGCAUCAAGGCAGCGAUCAGCAGGGACCCCUUCUAUGAGAUGCUGGCAGCGAGGAAGAAGAAAGUGUCCUCCAUGAAGAGACAUUAGCAGCCUGGGCCAGCCGAGCGAGGUCGGCGUUCUCGGGCGGCGAGAGGCUCCCCUCCCCUGGAGGUGGAGAGAGCAGGCUGCCAGGCAAGGGCCUCUCCUGCAGCCCAGCACAGCCUGAAUUCCCAGGGACUAGCUUCAGCUUUUGCAAUUUCUUUACCAUUGGGGGGUGGGCAGGUGUUUGGGGGUGGGGCUGGGAGUCCUAGGGCCACAGUGAUGAGUCUGCAGCUACGUGAGAUGAGCAGGGGCUUGGCGCUGGGAGCUCCUUUCUGGGCUCCCUUCCCAGGGAGCCGUCUUCAACCCAUGUCCCGAUGGCCUGGGGGAGAGGGCCAGAGCCGCCUACAAGUGAGACACUUCAUCUGCAAGGAGCUCAAGGAGGAUUUGUCAGCAAUGCCGUUUCUACCCAGCUGGAGGCCUCUGAGGCCGGCCGCCAGGGCUGGCGGGAAACGUGGCGCAUGCUCUCUGGGGUGUGGAUGUGUAUGGGGGCCCAGGCAGCCUGCGUGGGGAGGGGCAGGGCGGAUGGGAUGGGAGCUCUGGCGGACGUGCCAGCGAGGGGCUGGGGGCCCUGCCUAAGCCUGGGGCUGCCUCCUGCUUGACUGCUGUCUGCCCACGCGUACCGUACACCUGCCUCUGCUAAUUCCCCUGGGGGAGGGAGCUACAGCCUCUUGGCAUGGCCCCCAGGGCUGGGCCGGCUGGGCUGGGCUGGGCACUCGUUUUAAAGCACUUGGGGUGUGUUCUGCCUGUUACUGCUCAGUCGGGGCUGGGCCACUCAGUCGCAGGCGUUUCGUUUGGGAGGGGGGUGGAAUCGCUAAGUGGGGAGGGUGGGAGCCACGGGAGCCGGCCACUGAGCCUGACGUGAGCCAAGGGGAGCCCAUGUGCCUUGCCCACCCACCUACCCUCGUUCUAGAGGGCACUGGUCUGUCCUGGGCUCCUUUGAUGAGCCCAAUGAGUUCUGGAACACACAGGGGCAGCUGGGCUCGUUAGAGAUGGGAGCAGACGGGCCCAGAGGUUCUGGGAAGGGGAGGCCAAGGGUCCGAAAACCAUCAUUGCGCCCUCAUGUAGUCAUAGCUUCCACAGAUGCACAGUGCCAUGCAGCAGUGCCGAGCCAACAGCAGGAAGCCUGCGGCCCCGGCCUUCCCCGGGGUCAGCCUAUUCCUGGAGCUGGCACCACUGGGCCUCGUGGGCUGUGAGCAGAGCUCAGUGAGCAGCCGAGGGUUCAGCAACAUCCCAGGCACGCUGAAGCAGCAGGGCUGGGAAGCAUGGGAAGGGGGACGAGUGUCCUGGGAAGGGCUGGAACCUGCCUGAAAGGCAGCUGCUCUCAGGGGCUGAAGGAGAGGUCAGUCUGGGGAACAGGAUUCCUCUGGAAGCUGCCCAGGCUCUAGCAGCCUGGUGCCCCAGCCUGCACGGCCCCCUGGCCCUGAUGCACUGGGUCUGGAGAGAGGCACCCACAGCAGUAUUAGUCUAUUUAUCAGAGGUGUAAAUAUUCUGUAUAGUUUUCUCCUUUAAGGUUAUUUUGUAAUUGUUCAAGUUCUGUGCAGAGGCCUCUCCGGCAGGGCGGGCAGCGUUUCAGGGUUUUUUAGUCUGAUUCUAACUCCUUGGUUUUUUGCCACGGCCUUGUAAACUAGCGCUGAGGAUCUGCAGCAAAUAAAUGUCAAACCUCCGCUCA